CAACAACAACAAUAUCAACAAACACAACAUCGGGGUCUGUAGAUGAUGUAUGGGGUCUUUGGGGAGAAUGGACAGAAUGUACCUCAACAUGCGACUCUGGAAUUCAUAAACGAUACCGAACCUGCAAUGCACAAGACUCAACAGGUUGUCUUGGAGAUUACAUAGAGACUGAAGUGUGCCUAGAAACUGAUUGUCCAGUGUUUGGGAAGUGGACAACGUGGGCAUCUUGGGAAAGUUGUGAUAGGACCUGUGGCAGUGGUACUCAGUCAAGAAGGCGAUCUUGUUCUAAGAUUGAUUCAUCCGACAUUGACUGUAUUGGUUUGAGUGUGCAAAAUAAAGCAUGCGCUGACUGGGAAUGUCCAGAUUGUAGCAAAACAUGCAUCGUCGGAACAUUAAACGAUGACUGUGAUACAUGUGAGUGUGACGGUGAAGUUACAAAUGGUAGGGUGUGUGUUUUCGAUACAGGGAACCCAGUAGGCAAUGCCGAUUUUUUUUCAAGUACAGCACCGACCAAACUUCUUGGGCAAAGCAACUCAACUGGUUUCUUUACACUGGAAAAUUUGUGCACAAACUCGGAAUUAUUAGUAACUAGAUCCGGAUUCGUUGAUCAAACCGUAUUAAUCAAAAGUGACUACUUGAUAGUCAACAUGACGAAACAAAUUUUGCCUUACUUAACGGAAACGCCGCAAACGAAAUACAGAUUAAAGGGUGAAGAUGCUACACUAUGUUGUCAAGCUAAAGCAAAUCCUCCUAUCGAUUAUUACGAGUGGUUUAAAGAUGGUCAAAUUCUAGACGAGAGCUUAUAUCAGGAGGGUAAUACAUUACGGUUGACUAGCUUAACAACAUCCGAUAGCGGCAGUUAUCAAUGCAGAGCUAACAGUGCUGCUGGAGCCAUAAUGUCACCUGUAGCAACAAUGAGCAUAAAAGAGGGAUCUGACGAGUUUUGUUCCGAUGCCCUUCAGCAGAAAACAAUCGCUUUACCUGAUGAUUGUAUCCAAUCCAGAACUAACACUGCAACAUAUGAAGUAGGGGAAUGCAUACCAAAGCGUUGUAGGGGCCACAAUACCACCGACAAUGGGUCAUGUCGUGAGGACAUCACAACUUGCUGUACAACAGGCGAAGCUGACCUUGAAAAAAUUCAAUGUUCAGGCUAUGAACUUGAGGUUGUUGUUGUAAAAUCGUGUAGUUGUGGCACAUGUGUAUCAGAUUCUCUUACCAUUUCGGGAUCAGCUUUUGGCGCGGAAGAUGGAUCACCUCUUAGAUUUGGCGAAGUUUGGUUGAAUGGUGUUUUUCAAACCUACACAAGUACAUCAGGCGAUUUCAAUUUUGAUGUUUCCAAAGCUGCUCCAAGGAUAACAUUAAACUUAAAAGAUAUUUAUUUUAAGCAGUUUCUACCGGCAGUGAAGGUAAUUGAAAUCAAUGAUCAAAUGGGUGGAGUGCUUCGAGUAGACAUUCCCAUGAUUAAAUCAUCAGAACCAGUGCAAAUUGAUUCAUCAGUUGACAACACCUUGGUUGCGGGUUCUUCUGUGAAUAACGAAAGCACGUCAAUUAUUCAAAUUUUGAUUCCAGCUAACGCAUUUUACUAUUCAAAUGGCACACAAUACAGUGGAACGGUUGAUGCAAGUCUUACUUUUCUUGAUCCAACCAAUUCAUCUGUACUAGAAAACAUGCCAGGAACAUUUGAAAUCGUUGACGAAGAAGGGCAACUUGCUGCUUUAGAUUCUCUUGGUGUCUUCAGCCUUUAUUUUGAAGAUUCAUCUGGACAACCUUUGGUUUUAGAUAAAGUAGUCGAUUUUUACGUUCCUCUUGAAGCUGUUCAAGACGAAGAAAUUCUAGGAGAAAUAAAAUUAUGGAUGAUUAACACUGAAACUGGGGUUUGGGAGUAUGUAACGCAAGAAACUGGAACAACCAGAAGAAAAAGGCAAAUAGAUACUGCUCGUUGGAUUGGAGAACUCGACUUGUCUACCGUAUCUCAAACUUGGUUAAAUUAUGAUAUGAUUAGAGGAAGAUCAACAGCAUGUUUCUUCAAAAUAAGACUUUUUCUUGACGCGACAGCCUCAGCAACUGUUACAUAUACAAGGCGUGGUAUUAACGUCGACACCCAAAUACUUAAUGGUAAUUUAUUAACAACUGUUAAUGGUUACAUGUAUUACCCUGAAAGCCAAUGCAUGGCAGGAAUUUGCGAAGAAAAUAAUGCAUUUAUAUCUCUUUAUUACUACGGACGAAAAGGAAAAGAUCACCUCUUUGCUGGGACACCCUCAUUAGGACAACCUAGCCACUCUUAUCAAAUAAUUGAUGAAGGAAAGGUAUUGGAGAUUCAAAUGUCUGUAACGGAAGAUGGGCCAUUUUUUAGAAACGAAGCGCAAUGCAAAGCCUCAGGCAAAGAUGAACACCACUUAAAGUUUCAUUACGGCCAGACGAAUGAAAUAUUUACGUACAUGCCAUUUUUUGAUAUGCCAGGUCCGGGAGCAAAUAUAGAAUUGCUUAUUCGUAACAGUCAAAGAACCUGGUAUCCUGCUCGAGUUCCAGAGGGUUACAGAAUUUGCUUAAUGAAAGUCCGAAUUACAUUCCAAUCGACCAUAAACCUGCCUCCCCUUCAAUUUAUCAAAUUGAAAGCAACAAGUUACGGCGGCACAUAUAUUGAAACAGAAAAUUUCAUUUUUGGUAUCCGAGAGUACACACUUACAGAUUUAGUUGACACAACGUUUUGCAUUGAGUAUAAAUGCAGCGGAACAAUUGCUCCUCGAUUGGAUCCACAGUUUGAUUAUACUAGAGUUGUUUUGCAUCUUGUUUAUCCUCCUGACAUCGGUAUUACAAGUGAAAUAAUAGGAGAAGCAGAUUUUGUGUCAUCCUUUCCUGAUCUUAGUAAUGUCGCCCAACUUGGGGAAGGCGAUGGUCGAUACGAUAUGAAAGCGCCCACAGUCUAUACACCUGAACUUGGAUUAUAUUCAGCAACAUCCGACCGAUUAGAUCUCGAUAGUGCUACAAACACGGCCGAAGGGGAAUGUCGCUCGGGGAUACCCCAUAAUCUUAAUGACAACAAUCCGGAAAUUGGUGUCGCUGUUACAUUCUCUUUAACGGACGAAGGGAUAUGUAACUUUUGGUGGUCAGCAAUAUUUUAUACUUUCUGCUAAGUUAAACACUGUAGUAAUAUACUCGGAGUAAUGUUUGUACUAUACAUUUCUUGGUUUAAGUUCAGUAGUAAACAUGCUAAAUAUUUGUUUUUGUCUAAUUAUUGAUUUAUUUUUUACUUUAUAAUCAUUUUAUUAAUUAUUAAAUGUUAAACUCGAACAUUUCGCUUUCUUUGAUAGAGAAAUGGACACAAAAUAGAUAAAUACGAAAUCCCUAAAGAAAGCCCAACACGGCAAAAUUGAAAACGUUGCAGGCACGGUUUGAUUGAGCCUGUUCAUGGACGGUACUUGAAAGUGCAAGUUACCGUCCACGCCCCCUAGCACCGGCUCAAGCAGAAUUCAACAUUCAAACAUGAAAUAGUAAAAUUUUGAAUUUAGAAACAUCCGCAGAUGUGUUCAUACGGCGGUUAUCAUGGAACCUUCAAUGUGACACUUCCGUGCCAUUCCAUGAAAAGCGGCGUAUGGUCCCCAAUUAAAAAAAUACGUGUGCCCUAAACGAGAAAACAAUGGGCGGAACUAAAUAAAAUAGAAUUUUGAAAGGGGAUCAGAGGAUAUGAAGCCUGCGUAUCACAGAUAAGACGUCAAAAGACAAAUUUAAAAAGCAGGCAACAUAUCCUAAGGGUGAUUCAACAUUAUUCAAGUAGGAAUUCAAGUAGAAAGUCUUAAGAAAAUAUAUUAAUACAUAACUCACUCCAUGUAUAUUCUGUACUUAUUUUGAUACGAGUAUGGUUUAUACACUAAAAGAUUAUUUUAAUUUUGAUAUUUGACAACUUCCGACAAUAAGAUGGAGGUAUACUUUCGAAAGAAUGUUUAGUUCUUCAUAUUUUCAAGAGCACAGAGCCAUGUGAAUGAUUAUGUUAAUUAUCGUUAUUAUAUUCAUAGCUUGCAUUUCAUCAACAAGGCCACAUCUAUCCACAGUAGUAUUUCACUAUCGGAAUUUCGAUUUAAUCAUUAAAUUUUAUUUCUAUGACUAGGCUACAGCACAUGUUUUAUAUGGAGAUGUAGUUUAUAAAGCAUUUUACAUUUUU